ACAACUCCAAGAAGGUGCCUCAGAAGGUGGACCUCGACAAGAUGAGGUGUUUCUCCCAACUCUCAGCCUCCCUUCUUGCUCAGUGUGGUGAGUCAAUGUCGAUGGAUGCGAAGAAAGCAUUCUUCCCUCAUUUUCUUUGGCUACUGAGAGACGUGAGUCUCAAGAUGACUGACAGGGAAGGUAAGGAGCUGGCGCCAACCAAGUUUCUUCACACCCGGGUCCUUGCAUCUGAAUCGGGAGAGCUCACAGACCUGGGCAAGUCUCUAGUCAGUCUUUUCCCCUCUCUGGAGUGUGCCACUCUCCCCAUACCUUCCAUCAAGAGAAACAUCAUCCGCGGCAUAUUGGAACAGCGAGACAAGCUCAAACCGGCUUUCAAUGCAGCAGUCGAUACUCUGAUCCAGCAAGUCCUCCAGAAAGUAGCUCCAAAGAAGGCAGUGGAUGGGACUACUACAGUGACUGGGAAGGCUCUGGCUGCUCUAGCUGCAGGCUAUGUGGAGGCAGUCAACAGGCCAGGAGCCCUACCAGACCUGGACCAGGGCUGGCAGGCAGUGGUGAGGCUGGAGCUGAACGAAGUCUCCUACAAGUUGGUGAGGGAGUACGAGAGGGAAAUGGAGGAAGCUUUGGAAGGAAAGCUGCCAAUGGAAGAGAGACAUCUCCUGGAAAUCCACCAACAGACACUGAAGAAAGGCAAGGAGUGUCUGAGGCAAGAUAUUUACCACGUUAACCCUCUACACUCCAGUGACGAGGAAUCGCAACCUCUCCUGGACCAGUUGGAAGACGAAAUUGUACAAUGGAGCGAGUCAAAGGAGGAUGGAGAGGGAAAAGUGAGCGGGGGUCUUCUGUACCGUUUCACCACACAAAACUUCAAGAAAUCCAAAGAACACUGUGCAACUCUACUCAAUGAGCUUGUAAAGAAUAGCAAAGUACAAGAAAAGGUGAAUUUAGCCAUGAGAAACUCAGACCCUGUCGAUAUCACUAGAGAGGUGAGUGAGAUCGCUGCAGAGUACCAAGCAAGAGCUGUAGGACCGGCUGCUGGUGAAAUUCUGGAGACAGGGAUCUCCGAACUGAACCAACUCUCUGACAUCUUGAAAAAAAUUCCCGGACAGGUAUCGCGUGUAACGUUAAAAACUGGGAGAAAUAGUGUCAAACUAUACUGGGGUCCUCCAAAAAAGAAUCCUGAAGCAGUCGAAGAGUACGUAGUGUACAAGAGAGUCGAAGGGGGAGAGUGGGAGGAGGCUGGGAGGACCGACAAGACCAAGUUACUGCUGCUGUCGGUGAAGGUGUUCUUUUGGGUGCCUCAGCCUCUCUAUUUCUGCCCCUGACAAUACAAAAUGUGCAUAGGGCAUUCAAGCACAACGAGGACCUUAUGGAGGAGGAAGUAUCAACCCCAAAAUUUAUUUUGCUGGUGGGACUAAGUAUAGCAGCUCUUCCUGUCAGCAUUAUUUUGGCACCUGUCACUCUGCCUGUACUGAUGGCAGCUUCAACAAAACUUGUCAAAGAUGAUAUCACAGAGCCCGAAGAAGAUUCUGAUCAAGACGAUUGAUAAUAAAC